UGAAGACACACUUUCAUCAUUGAUUUGAUUACAAUAACAAAUUCAUAAUCCAGUUGAAAACCGGCCUUUUAUUUUCAUUUUCAUCAGCCACGUCCGUCAAGCAAACAAACGACGUAUUUUGACUUGGAAAGUUCAUCUGGAUGCUCGGAGGCUCUACGUAAAUAGAAUGGGAACAGGAGUGUGUUUUGAAUAUGAGGACAAUGAUGGACCUUCCACUAUUCUCAAACAAAUGAACGUUUUUCGCCAAGAUAGUUCGUUCUGUGAUGUCGUCUUGUCCACUGAUGAUGGCAUGGAUUUCAAAGCCCACAGGGUGGUACUUGCAUCCGUGAGCGAGUACUUCAGAGCUAUGUUUCUUAGCGAAAUGAGAGAAAGUCAACUGGAUAGAAUCACGAUCAAAGAAGUGGACUCGAAAUCACUGGGACAACUCAUUGAUUUUGCAUAUACUUCAAAAACAAACAUCAACAGUGCCAAUGUGGAGAUGAUCCUCUCGGCUGCUAGUAUGCUGCAAUUCAUCAAAGUUGAAAAUGUAUGUUAUGAGUUUUUAAGAAAAAAUAUUAACGUUCCAAAUUCACUGGCUAUAUGGAAUCUGGCAGAUCUUCAUGGAAGCACGGAACUUUCCAUCCUUGCUGAAGGGUUCAUACGUGGAAAUUUCACAUCCGUUUUCAAGCACUCGGAUUUCGUUACUUUGUCUCAUAAACAGUUAAUUCGUCUUUUGGGACAUGAUAAAUUGAAUAUAACAUCAGAAAGCGCAGUUUUUGAAGCAGUUAUGACUUGGGUACGUCAUGACUUGGAAACUCGAGAAACGUACCUCGCAGAGUUACUGGAGCAAGUUCGAUUUCCUUUGCUGACACGGAAAUUUCUAAUCGACACUGCCGCUAAAGAAAAUCUCAUCAUGAAUGAUCCGCUGUGUCGUAAUUAUGUCCUUGAAGCCAUCGACUAUCAUCUAAUCCCAGAGAGGCGAGACAAGAACAAGACGCCCCGUACUAUUCCUAGAGAGAAAUCGAGCCGUGCUGUUUAUGUCGUUGGUGGCGAAGAACAAGGAACAGUCCUGAACACCGUCGAGUGCUUCGACUUCAAUGACAAGAGAUGGUCUUUCGUUGCGCCAAUGAUAAUCGCGCGAAAGCAAGUGGGGUCAGCCGUACUUGAUGGUCAGCUGUAUGCUGUCGGAGGAGUGAAUAAUGACUAUGCGGAUCUUGUGACUGUUGAGUGUUACAGCCCUUGUACUGGUCAGUGGACUUCGGUUGCUUCACUUAACAAAUGUAAAGGUUCUCUAGCAGUGGUUAUCCUGGAGGGUUGGCUGUAUGCAGCUGGUGGAUCACACAACGGCUCCGCUCUCAAAACCGUUGAACGUUACGACCCAAUACAAAACGAAUGGACCCAAGUAGCUUCAAUGAGACUACCCAGAAGCCACUUCGGCCUGACAGCCCUUCAAGGACGACUGUACGCAGUCGGCGGCUAUUGUGGGAUCUCGGAGAUCGAGCACGUGGAAUGCUACGACCCUAUGGCCAACAAAUGGGCAGACGUCAAUGGACUCAACAAGGCUAGAAUGUCACAUAGUGUAGUGACGUAUGGAGAAAGGAUUUACGUGAUUGGUGGAUCUAAUAGCGUUGGGGUGCUGGACUCUAUAGAGAAGUACAAUCCAGAUCUAAAUCUAUGGUUGAUCAUCAGGAAUACAAUGGAACCGCGUAGUGGAGCGGCUGUUGCUGCCGUGUAUGGUGGCGACGAAGCAGUACAAGAUCUAUACAUUAUUGGUGGACAAGACUACCAUAAGAGAACGAUCAACUCCGUUAAAAAAUUAAACUUGAAAUUUGCAGAUUAUUCGACUGCAACAGCCCCUCCUUUGAUCUUUUCAAGGGCUUUUGCUGGGGUCGCUUCAGUAUGACGAGAAAUUUCGUUCGCCAUUAGAGACAUUAUCUAUUUGUGUAAUAGAAUUGUUGGACACUUUCACUAGACUUGUAUUAUCCCAAGUCAGUUACAGUUCAAGUUAUUACAUUUAUAGUUGUAGUUGAAGUCUUGGCAGAAAUUCAUAGUUUCGACUCAGAUGAUAGCGAACCAAUCAAAAUUGCAGUAGUUUUCCCAGUGGAAUUAAAAUCUUGUCCCACAAACAACUACACGAUAUUUGUUUUAAAGAUUACAGCAAAGAUUACGAGGCAAUUUUCUUUUCUUUUCUCAGAACAUGAAACAAUUUAAGCAACUUAUGAUUAUUUUCUGCAAUUUGUUUUCUUCUGGGACAUAGCAAUGGUAACUAAGGGGAGUCGGAGCUAUGAAUAACCUGUCUCUUCAAUGACAGCAACAAUAACAACAACAAAAAGGGAGAACCGGAGACUUGUUAAAAAGUACAAGCAACUCCCAAUUAUUUUUCUCGUAUCUGAUUAUCUGCUUGUCAUUCCCAGCUGUUAAAAAUAAUGCGUGAAUGAAUUCUACUUAAUAAACAAUUUUUCUAGAUUAA